GUUCGUCCGUUUAAAGCAGUCUAUCGGCGGACGCCAUACUCGACGCGCGUCGAACUUCGGCUCCGUGGCCGAAGGCCACUGAUCCUUCUUUUAUUUUCUUCCCUUCUUUCUUCCUAAUCGAAGAAUUUACGAACAAUUAACAAAACAAGGAACGUUCUCAACAGGGAAUGGAAUAUUGAUAUCGAUAGAGCAUCUCGACAAUCUUUUGGAAAAAUCAUCUCAAGGAAAUAUGACAUCUUCCGAGCGGUUUCACAAGGCUGCAAGAGACGGCGCGUUGGAAAUUUUGAAGGAAGCAACGAAGAAAGACUGCAACAUGCGAGACGAAGGUGGAAUGACCCCAACGUUAUGGGCAGCCUUCGAAGGUCACAUAGAUGCCCUGAGACUGCUCGUCGCCAGAGGGGGUGACCCGGACAAGAGUGAUUAUUUCGGUAAUACAGCCCUUCACCUAGCAUCAGCAAGGGGUCAUGAAUAUUGCGUCAAGUUUCUCGUCAAAUUUGGUUGUAACAUCUGGUCACUCGACAUAGACAGACAUUCUGCAAGAGAGUUAGCUGCGAUCAAUGGCAGAGAAAGGAUAUUACAAUUUUUGGAUCUAGCUCAAUCCGACCAAGAACUGAACAAUCGGAAGAAGAGUCGACUAUUAAGGGAAAAGGCUGAGAAGGAUGCCGAGAAAAGGUUGAAGGAAUAUAUGAAGAAACAAAAAAUGGCCGAGGUAAAAGCAGAAAAGGUACAAAAGAAGUUGAUGAAGGAUCGAUCGAAAUCCGAUUUGGACACUCUACAUGAGACUAAUAAUCUAGCUCUUAGGCCUACGAUAAUGACUUUCAAAGGUCGAAUCAAACCGUCUCCAACGUUUAGCGAUAUCGUUGGUACUACUACGAAAAAACAUGGUAGUGCAGUUUGCAGAAAGGCUUUGGCCAAGAAAGCUGUCGAUGAUUUCAAGAUAGUUGAAAUCGAAGUAGACGGUAGGAAAUCUGUACGUAGUCUAACAGGCCUCCGAAGGGAUUCCGAAGUAAUGUAUGUGGGAACUUACGAAUCUCAGGCUCAGCAGAUCGGACGAAGAGGAAAGAUCGCAGAUGUUUGGGGUACUCUAAGUAAGGCUCAGAGUACACCGGAUCUUUUAGGUGACCGAUCGUGUGACGAGGAUGAGGAAGAGGAGGGACAGGAUGAGGAACGAUGUAAUAAGACGGUCAGAGAUACCGGAUUGCUUCGAGAACAAGGCAGUAUCUUCGAUCGACCUGGUUUUGGAUCGGUGGCAUUCAGAAGACCGAUAACAGCAACGCUCGAUAAUUUGCCGGUCGCGCAAACGGAGGUUCAUCUGCAAAAUGGUAAUUCGUGCGUGAAUGGUUCGAUAAAUGGUUCUGCGAACGGUCACAGGAUCGGUGCAAAUGGUCAAAACGAAGAGAUUAGUAUAGGAAGUGCGGGUAGCUUAGCACGUAGGCAAAGUAUGUGGGACGAUGAUUUGCUUUCGGAAGAAGACGAAACCGACGAAGAAUGGACACCCUUACAAAGAUUUUUAGUUGCUAAUAAUCUCUCGUCAAUACAUACGAUCCUAGAAGCCGAACAAAUCGAUUUAGAAGCGUUGAUGUUACUCACCGAAGCAGACAUCGCAGCCCUCAAACUUCCGCUUGGACCUAGGAGAAAGCUUACUAAUGCUAUAGCUAACAGGAAAAAGGCAUUUGACGCAUCAGAGAAUGUCAUCAAGGACAGUAUACUAUGAAGAAUCAUAUUUGUUUGUGAAUGUAAUUUUAUACGUAUUCUUCGUUGAAAGAAAAUAAUGUUUUUUCGAUCUUUGAUCGAUUACGCAUGUAAAUUGCUAAGUAUGAAGCUAGUAAUGAGAAUGAACAAAUAUGAACAUUUAAUCGAGAUGUGCCUUAAACGAGAGCCAGUGAAAAAACCAAAUUUCAUGGUUUCCUUAUAAUCUACGAACUAUAAUAAUAAUUAUUAUAUAUAUAUAUAUAUAUAUCAUGGCCAUACUUUAUGUACAUAGAGAGCAUAUUUUUCCAUUGAAAUAUCACAAUAUAUAUAUAUAAGAAAAAUUAUAUAUCGUUGUUCAUAGAGAACUUUGAAACCUGUUCCGCUAUAAAAGAAAAAAAAUAUGACACACGUCAAAGGUUAAAAAAGAAAAGAAAAGAAGAAGAUUGUACAUAUAUAAAAAUAUAUACAUAUAUACGCACAAUAAAAAUGACUUCAUUCGCAGAUGGAUCUUCUACAACGAACGAAUGUUUGUUUAAUCGAUGAUGUUCGUGCAAGUGUGUCUGAUGUAUGUAUGUACGUAUGUAUAUAAGAAUAAAGAUUGCCGAUUCACGUACUUACAUUUUCCUCGCGUUUUAUUUGUAAAUGAUUAUCUUACAAACGAGACGCAAAAAUAUACAAACUUCUUACGUACGAAGAAUAUAACAGCACCAUUUUUCGCCUCGCACACGCGUUUAUGUCCGCGCAAGGAAAAUGUGUGUGAUAUAUAUAUAUUUUAUCACGAGUUCACAUUACGUUAUAUAGUAAUGCGUACCGGAACGAAGAGAAAAAGAAAGAUUCUUAGGAAAAAACGACACAUGAAAAAAAAAACGCUUUUCCGUUUCAUCGUGUCGUCGCGUGAGAAUCGCACGGAAAAGGAAGCGUUUUCCACGUGUGAAAAUUUUUAUCCAAUAUCUGUAUUUCUAAAAUGAAUAUGUAACGCGUCGAUUAUAACGAAAAAUUCCUUUAUAUAUAUAUAUAUAUAUUUUUUGUUAUUGUAUCUCGAGUUCAAUUUUUAACAUUUUUUUAAUGUCGUAUUUGUUUAUCCAAGAUUUUUUGCUAACCCUCUAUGACUCACUAUGUAACUUUAUUAUCACACGCUCGUGUAUAUAUAUAUAUAUAUGUAUAUUUUUUAAAAAUCUUUCUUGUUUUUAACAAUUAAAAUAGUUAAGUUAUAUCCAAAGGUUAAUGUUUGUUAAAUAUAUAGCUUAUAUACUAAAUAAGUUAUAUUAUAAAUUAUACAUUUCACCUAUAUUAUCUAAGUUUGUUGUUAGAUGGAAAGAAAAAGAAUUUAUGUCAUAGAGAGGGUUAAUAGAUACGACGAUUAUGAAAAUAAAAUUGUAUAAUUUAAAAUUUUACAAAACAAAAAAGAGAGAAAAGUUAUAUGUGUAUGUGUAUAUAUAUAUAUAUAAUCUUGGUUUUACCAAGCGGAUCAGACGCAUCGUACGGUACUUGUUGCAGAUUAGCGAGUAAAGAUAAACUCUCCAUGAGAAAGGGAAAGCUCUAACGAGUUACUCGUGGGAAAAUUCUUUUCGCCGACCUCGAAGUGUCGUCUCACCCGUGCACGAUUGGCAAUAUAUUAUUUAUUAUUAUGUCAUUUCUAUGUUCAUGUCGCAUAUUCGAAAUAGCCGAUAUCUCAAGAUCGAACGAUUUUUCUUCUCUCUUCUCUUUCUUCUUUCCUUUUCUUCUCUUCCUAUUUUCGUACGGGCACACAAAUAACUUGAUCAUGUGAUUCAGAAUUGUUUGGAAAGGAAAGGAAAGGUAAAUAACGAUUAAUUUUUAUAUAUACAAAAUGGCAUUGUCGAUCGUUUCGAUCGAUUCGCUCUCCUGCCGCUCUCUUAUUGUUUAAAAUAUAUAUAUUUGUGUAGAUAUAUAUAUAUGUAUGUAUGUAUGUAUGUAUAUAUAUAUAUAUACACAUGUAAGUAUGGCAUCGUUUCGUUACAAUUACUUUCUUCUCUGUUCUCUCCUUAUAAUCAAAUCGCCUCGGCUUCUUACACGAGAUCGAUUAUCAUAGUAUGGUAAAUUAGGAGGAUAUAAAAAAUUUUGUCUGAUGUUUUUUUAGAUUUUUUUUAGUUUUUUUUUUCUUUUUCUUAGUCUCAUUUAAUAAGAACAAUAGAUUACCCUCCAUCGAAGAUAGUUCUUAACAUAAAUUCCAACGUGUUGUUAUACAACCAUUAUUGGUCAGAAAAGGAGUCACAGGCAUAAUGUCCUUGGUAUUUUAUUAACUGUCGGUCGCAUGAUAAAUAUUAAUAUUAAAGCUAUCGCAUAUAAUAGUUAAUAUUAAUAGUGAUAAUAAUAUUAGCAAUAUCCCUAAGGCUAUCGUUUAUCGUUAUCAUUAUUAGUAUACGCUAUAUUUACAAACGAAUUCGAAACGGCACCCAAAACGAUGCUUCUCUCUUCAGGUGAAGACAAAAUAACGAAAACGAAAGUAUGUGAGAGAGAAAGAGAGGAGAGAGAGAGCUUCUACGUGAAUUUUCGAAGACCGAAUAAACUGAGAAGUCUCACGAGAUCUUACGAUCUCGUUUCCUCUCUCUUACGGGCUUGUUUGCGCCUUCACAAAAUUCACAUAGAAGCUAUUGUACGUAUGUGUAUGUGUGUGUUUAUGUGGCAUGGUAGUACCUAAAAAUAAUUUACAUUUACAAUUAACUUACAAACGGUGUGAACGCGGACACUCCGUAUACAUAAGUCUUUCAUCGCAAUAUCGUCGCAAACGUGGACAACAGUCUCAACCAUGUUUUUUUACCUAUACAUAAUUGCACCAGAAUGUCUCAGGUUCGUCGAGACAAGGUCUACGCCGAAGAGAUUGCGAAGAACUCGUUCGUUGAAUGAGGGAGACAAAUUGGUUAGUUAUAAUGCUCCGAAAUAUUGGAAAGAUAAAACGUUUAGAGAAAUGUUAAAUCCUAUCGUGAUACUUUGACGAAGACCUUGACGCGCGAAUUCCAUCUUCUAUUUCUAGCCUAUGUUACAUACCAACAAAAAUAAAUCAACUAUUCUGUUCUGUCGUUUCGAUCGUAUAGAAUCAACGUUUGACGGGAGUCUGACACGAUCGACGACGGAUCAAAAGGAAAGAGCUUUUAAAGCGUUCUUCGUUUUACACAUAGUGGCUUUAAACCGACCUCGGUUUUUUGUUGUUGUUGUUUUUUUUUCUUUCUUUCUUUCUUUCUAUCUCUUUGAUGGCAGCUUAUUCUUAUUUCUAAUCAAGUUCAAUUACACGAACACCACUAUUCCCCAUGAGGAUGAAAUAUCUCGGUACACGGUGAAACUACGAUUAUGAGCACCCAAUACGCAUGGAAAAAAUAGAACAUAGAUCUCAAAACAUUGUGAAUUUUUGGGCAAAUCGUUGCUUUUGUUUUUAUGAUUUUCAUAGAUCCAAAAAAAACAUCGAAUAUAUAAUGAACGAACGACAACGAUUGUCUGUUUGUCUCUGUUCUUUCCAACGUAUCGUACAUAACAAUGCGAGAGAGUUUGCCAUUGAUAAAUGUUAAAAGAAUUACGCAUCUGGAGAAGAAACGAGUUUAAAAACAGUGAGUAUAAUGUCGUUACUACCCAAAAAAUAGCUUCGAACUCGCUUCGCACGUACGGAAGGUACACUCAACAAUAUAUAUGGUUACUCUUUUUGACGUUGACUUGACGAUUAUCCCAAAUACUAAUAUUAUAUCGACAAUUCUGAACAUCAUCAAUAUAUUUUUAUCUUCCAUUUCCCUUUUUUCUUCUCUUGACUUUCCCAGUUUUUUCUUCUCAACUGACACCCUUUAUUCUUUAUAACCUUUCUCUCAUUCUUUACUUUGAUUUCUAUCUAUCGCCAACAAAACUGUAUAAAAUAAUAUUUUUAUUGAGAUAAAAAGAGUCCAAAUUUCAAUUUAUCUAUAACCGCAUAAUAAUUAUAACAAUAUUACGAUCAGCAGAGCUAACGAUCCUUUGGGUUAUGAAAUAAUAUUUUACAAUCACAUAUACUCCUUGUCCCCCUUCUUCUCGCGAUUACGACGUUGGGCAGUAAAAUAACUACAAAAUAUCGAUCGUCGUAAUACGAAAGAUUUCAUCCAAACUUGUCCAACAAGUCGGAAUUAUAAUGUUUGAAAAAUUUUUUACGAUGUCCAUAAUGGUUGCUAAAUAUUCUCGUAUACACAGUUCCAUGUGUACAAUACAUUACAGCAAUAUUCCUUUUCUUUCCUCUCUACAUUUUUUCAAAACUUUUGACAAAGUGCACAAUAUUUUCAUCGACUUCAUAAAACUAUAUAGUUUCGUAUAUAAACUUAUCGUACGUAAACGUAACGUGAUCUUUUCUCUGCAUGGGCACUUUGAAUAGUAUCGCCGUACGUUCGUUAGUGAUCGUCGGUAAAUAUUUACGUAUAUACUCGCAAAACAAUAAUUUACAAACAAAAACAAGUAACAAGAUGUGAUGAGACGUGACGACGAUACGACCGACGCGACGCGACAUGACAGGACACGAGAUCUUUCCUUUUACCUCUUUUUUUUUCUUUUUUUUUUUUCUUUUCUUUUUAUAGUCGAUACGAACAUAAGACCCAAAAAAAAAAACAA